CCAUAUGCUACAUAGCUUUCGAUCCGACUAAAAGAAGAAGCUUGGCAAUUGUCAAAAAUUAUUUGUAUGUGCUGAAUCCGUUUAUUUUGUAUUUUGUUUAUUGUUUUGAUAAGGCGAUAAAAUGGAGCGAUCGAUAAAUAAUACGGGAGCCAUAUUAGAGGUCUGAGACAAACAGAGAAAGAAAGGAGGAAGAAAGGUUGAGCAUAAUAGAUAAUACCCGAUGCUCGGAACAAAUUAACAUAAUUAAUUCGCCUGCCCAAUGGCUGACCAUUGAGAGAUACCAGUGUAUAUCGAGAAAAACACGCACUUUUGUGCCGCGAUCAUCAACGCGAUCAAAUGCAAAUGAGGCGACAUCAGUCAAGCGGCCGAAAGCGAAAUGUGCAUCAUCAACACGAAAACUGUGGGCUAGCAAUUGCAUAAUAGAGCUAACCAAACACGACCUCAAUUCGGAAAUCGCAAAACCCUGAUUGUCUCGAUACACGACGGCUGACGAAGACACUAGAUAGACAGCUAGAUAUACAGAAAGAUUCAAACUUUUGCAUGACGUAUACGCAGCGUUGUCUGCGAUAAUGGAUCUAAUGGAGCUGCUGCAUCAGCUGUUUCUGCACAUAUUCGACAUAUUUAAAAUCUACGUCAAGUUCGCACUGAUCACGUUGGUCAUCUACUUCUUGGCCGAAUGGUAUAUACUACGAUAUGGUGCCGAAUUGGAGGCCGAACUGGAUGCUCAUCUAGUGGAGGGUGCUGAAUUGAGAGAGGAAUCCCCGGAGCGACCCGAAUCGAAUAGCACACUGAGCAAGCUGUUUCGAUUCGUGGUGAACUUUUUCAUCCUAUAAUCGACUGGAUUGAACCCACUUGUCAAGGUCAAUCGCACACAGCUGAAUCGAAGUUUGUUUUUUUCGCGGAAUUGCAAUUCGAUUCAGCUAGCCACAGCUCAAGGCUCCCGUCAAGAGAAUGUAAAAUCGAACCAGUUGCAUUUAACAACAGAAAGAUACAAUACAAAAAAAGCAAAAGCAAAAGCUGCAGAGUAAACACAAUCUUUAUAUGUAAUAAACAAUAACAAUAAGGAGCUGUAAAGAAACGA